UGACGUAUGCCAAUUAUGUUUGGUUAGAAAUAAAAUUGAAUUGAUUGUAAAAAACCAGAAAAUUUUAAAUCUGUAAAUAAACUGCAAAUAAUAUAUUAAUGGAUAUUGAAAAAACUCAUUUAGAAAAAACUUUAGAAAGUUUCGAGCAAGAGGAUUUAUUUAGUUUAAUUUUAAGAUAUUGUUUAUUUGUGGGAGCCCUCUUCCAAAUGGUAUGCAUUGGAGCGUGUAUAUUUUUAAAAGAUCCUAACGGUGAAGCUAUGGCUCCUGAGUUUCGUAGACGCGAAUCAGAAGAUUUAUCGAACAAAAGGCAUCACAAGCAAAGAAGGACUGAAAAGAAGAAACGUCGUUAAAUAUGUUUAAAAUUGUUAAAUUCCAUCUACUACACUCAUUCCAAACUUCAUUUUAAUAUAAAUUAUAAGGACAUAAGGUUUUUAGCAAUAAAAUUUGAUUUAGUUUUACCAUGAA